GAAGGAGCCCUGGAGGAUCUGUUUCCUCUGACAGACCCCACAGGCUCCAGCGCAGUUGGUGCUCUGCGGUGUCAUGCCCCGGGGCUCCCGGGCUGCGCCGAGCUGGGCGCUGUUGCUGCGGCUGCUGGCCCUGCUGCGGCCCCCCGCGCUGAGCGAGGCAUGCAGCUGCGCCCCCACGCACCCCCAGCAGCACGUCUGCUACUCGGCGCUUGUGAUCCGGGCUAAAAUCGCCAGUGAGAAGGUAGUUCCUGCCAGUGCAGACCCUGCCGACACCCAAAAAAUGAUCCGGUAUGAAAUCAAACAGAUAAAGAUGUUUAAAGGGUUUGAGAAAGUCAAGGAUGUUCAGUAUAUCUAUACACCUUUGGAUUCCUCCCUCUGUGGUGUGAAACUAGAAGCCAACACCCAGAAACAGUAUCUCUUGACUGGUCAGGUCCUUAAUGACAGAAAAGUCUUCAUCCAUCUAUGCAACUACAUAGAACCCUGGGAGAACCUGUCUUUGUUGCAGAGGGAAAGUCUGAAUCAUCACUACCAGCUAAACUGUGGCUGCCAAAUCACCACCUGCUAUACAGUGCCCUGCACCAUCUCAGCCCCCAACGAGUGCCUCUGGACAGACUGGCUAUUGCAGCGGAAGCUCUACGGGUACCAGGCCCAGCAUUAUGUUUGUGUGAAGCAUGUUGAUGGCACCUGCAGAUGGUACCAGGGCCAUCUGCCCCUCAGGAAGGAGUUUGUGGACAUCAUCCAGCCCUAGGGACCAGUGGCCACCACAUCCCGAGAGUUCCGAAGACCAAGCCAGUUCUUCCCUGCAGACCUCUGACCAUCACCACCUGCCUCAUCACCACCAGACACUGGGAAGCAUCAAGUGGACGAUCUGCCAGGGCUAAGGCAGGGAUGGGGUCACGUUAUAGCUUGUAUCCAGGACUCCAGCCCAGAACCUGUCGAGCUAGGAGAGGUCACAUGCCUUUUGUGUCCUGUUCUCAGCCCUUUUCCCCUGCUUCCCAACUACUAUUAGUCUAGCUUGUUCUUUUACUGAGAGUUUCCCCUUGAUUCUGGCUCAGUUUAUUUGCCAAAGCCAGGACUAUUUCCUUUUCUCCCCAAGAAAAUGUGUUUUCUUUUGUCUUAACUGAUUUGAUAGGGGAGAAAUGGUGAAUAUUAUACAUAUGAAAUGGUGUAGUUUUGUGAUGUGCAACAUCAGAAGGUGGCUGACAGUAUCAUAAACAGGCUGAUUUGGGGCAAUGAGAAGAACAACAUACUGUGGCUGAGUAUCCUCUACCCCUCCUGCCUCAACUCAUCCUGAUCCUCUGAGAUGCUUUCAUCUGUUUAGGGGAGUGAUUUGGGGCCACAGAGUCACUCGAUAUGACAGCUAGAAGGGUCUGACCUCCCUCCCCAUGCUGGAGUCCCCUCUAUACCAUUUCUGCCAGAGGGUCCGACCCAGUUAACUCACCUCUUUAGACAGGAAUAGACUUAGAUAUUGACUCUCCAGGUUAACGAUCCCCAGUGCCCUCAACUGAUGUCCACAAGGGUUUUUUCCUCUUUUAAAGAGUACUUCUCUACUAGAUUACUAAUGUUUUUAUUCCCACUUCAGAGCUCUUUUUAAUACCAAAACGCCUUUCUCUUAUAGAAUUUAAAUCCCCCUUCAUCACAUUUUUGACACCCCAGAGAGAUCUUAUGAGAUCCUCUCUUGAGGGCAAAUUUAGGAUGAAGGACAGGAGAAAAAUAACGUAAGGGCCCUUGGGGGAAAAGAAUGGUAGGAGGGAAAUAUACUUUACAACUGUAGUUUUUUUUACAGUGGCCAGCCCUGUGUAUGUGUCAUAGCAGGAAAAAGCCAGCUUUGAUA